AUGUGCACUCUUCGCCCAACAGGCCACAGCUCUUGCCCCGAAAGUCUUCUCUCUCCCAUCAAAAAGUGAUUUUAUAUAUAAAUAAAGGGAAUUGUAGCAAACCCACAAAAAAAAAUAUCAAAUCAAAAACUCUCUUUCUCUGUUUGUAUGUAAUCUUUCCAAUAAAACAAGAACCAAAAAUGGCCGAUUCUUCUUCUUCGUCAUCAGCUUGGCAUCAAGUCUAUGUAAAGCUCAGAUUCUUCUCCAGAAUCCGACGGUUACUCGUCAACAAAACCUCCACCGUCAACAACAAGCGAUGUGAGCAGUCCUCCGAUCAAUCUGCUGACGGAAGGACCACAGAGAUUUUGAUCAUCGAUCAAGGAGAGAAGAGUGAAAGUAUUAACCAUGGUGAUGAUGAUGAUGAUGAUUGUGGGAUUUUGCAAAAGUCUGUGAAGAGGCUACACUUUGGGAACCUGGAAGAGAAGGCGGCGGCAGCCAAAGUGAUUAAAAGACUCGCCGGAGAUGACUUGAAGCAGCGGAAGUUGAUGGCGGAUCUUGGCGUUAUUCCACCAUUGGUGGCCAUGCUUGGUUCGGAAUAUACCACAACCCAUCGGAGGUUGGCUGUACAAGCUUUGCUUGAGCUUGCUAAUGGCACCUGCACGAACAAGGCUCUCAUGGUGGAAGCUGGAAUAUUAUCAAAAUUAUCGGAAAAUAUUGAGGUUGAAGAAUUAGCCAACCAUGAAUUUGCACAACUUGUCAUGUCAUUGUCUUCGCUAGUGAACACUCAAUUCCCUAUAGAUUCAUCAAAGAUUCUUCCACUAGCGCUACAUAUGCUUAAACUAGAUUCAAGCAAGGACACCAAAAUAUUAUGUUUGGGUACUUUGUAUAAUUUAUCAACUGUGAUAGACAAUGUGGGAUCUUUAGCAACAAACGAAGUUGUAGAAACUCUCUUGAAGUUUUCAUCUAUGAAAGAAGCAUCAGAGAAAGCUCUUGCCACGUUAGGGAAUCUUGUAGUAACAUCAAUGGGGAAAAAGGCUUUGGAAAGUAGUCCAAUGGUGCCUGAAUGUUUGAUAGAGAUUUUAACAUGGGAUGAUAAGUUAAAAUCUCAAGAGUUAUCUGCUUAUGUGUUGAUGAUAUUAGCUCAUCAAAGUUCUUUGCAAAGAACGAAAAUGGCUGAAGGAGGAAUCGUGCCCAUUCUUCUGCAAGUUGCUUUGUUAGGGAGCCCACUUGCACGAAAAAGGGCUCUAAAGCUAUUGCAGUGGUUUAAAGAUGAAAGACAAAAGAAGAUGGGGCCUCAUUCAGGGCCACAAUCAAGAAGGUUGUAUUAUAGUUCGUCUACGAAUCAAGAGGAUGUGGGUGAAGGCAAAAAGUUGAUGAAGAAAAUGGUCCAACAAAGUUUAUACAAGAAUAUGGAAACCAUUACACGUCGUGCAAAUGGGGAUUCGGACUCAAAUUCUAACUCUAAGUUAAAACUUUUGGUUGUUAGUUCAAGUUCAAAGAGCUUGCCAUAUUAGAUACAUAAACAAAUCACGAUUUCACAUCUAAUAGAGUUCCAUGUUGUGCA